AAACAGACUUUGUAUGAGAAAACUAACAAAACACACAUGUAUUUUAGUGAGUCUGAUACAUUAUUCUCUUCUAGAGUCCUCUACAAGGAGGAUUGUUCUGCUUGGAAAAACUGGAGCUGGUAAAAGCCACCUGGGAAACACCAUAUUUGAUGAGAAAAAGUUCCCUGUCCACCACACCUUCAGCUCAGGAACAAAGGAAUGUAAAGCUGAAACCAAAUCUGUCAACGGAAGAAACAUCACUUUGAUCGACACUCCUGGUUUCUUCGAUACAGGCUUGCCUGAGGAGGAGCUUGAAGCUGAGAUCGUGAGGUGUAUCACAGAGUGCGCUCCUGGGCCUCAUGCUUUUCUCAUUGUACUUAAAUUGGAGAGAAUAACAGAGCACGAGAAAGCUGUUAUAAAGAAAAUAAAAAAAUAUUUCUCUGAGGAAGUGUUAAAAUAUUCAGUAGUCUUUACUCACGGUGACCAGCUUCCAGAAGGACAAACCAUUGAGAGGUAUGUCCUCCAGAAUGAUUUUGUGAGGGCUCUAGUGGAAAAGUGUGGAGGCCGGUGGCACAUUGUGGAUAAUAAAUACUGGAAUGGAAAGCCAGCGAAUGAAUACAGGAGCAACCAGUUCCAGGUGAAGAAGCUACUCAACACAAUAGAGCAGGCAGUGCAGAAAAACGGAGGCGUAUACUACACCAAUGAGAUGCUGCAAAACACAGAGAAUGAAAUUCAAGAAGAGAGCGAGACCAUUAGACUAUUAUCACCAGACACGCCGGAGGAGGAAAUCAGACAGCAGGCUAAAGUCAGUGUCUUCAAGAAACUUUUAAUCAGACUGACAGGUAUCGGAGUAGGUGCAUUGUUUUCUUGGUUUGACUAGAAAGAUUAUCACGACUGGAAUGGGAUCUCCAGCGUCAAUGGCACUGACAAUAGCAGGAGCUGGAGCAGCAGGAGCAGCAUUGAAAGCAGUUGUGGGGACUUGUGCUGCAGGAGGAGCAGUGAUGGGUGGUUUCACAGGAUAUAAAGCAGUUGAGGGAGCAGAAACAGUACAAGAAGCAGCAAAAGAGGCUGUUAAAAAUUAUGUCAAAUAUAUUGUUGAUAAAGGACAAGAAUUAUUUAAUAGCAAGACAAAGCUACAUUUUAAAUAAGGUGAAAACCUCAGAUGAGCUUUUGUAGCUUUUGACAUUACUGUUGAACACAUGACAUGUGUCCUUGGAAAUGUGGAAAUGGAAUCUCCUGAAUCAUCCUUUUGAAAACACAUUGUAAACUUUAUAUAUAAAUCAUUAACAGCUCUGUAACCUAAAUAAUAUCAUUCAGACCAGGUGUCUCCUGAUUAUAUUUGAUUUUUUUUCUCACAGUUUGAGAAAAUCCACAUAAAUGGACUGCAUUUUAUUGAUUAGUGCUCCCAAACAUACAAGAAACUGUUUGAAUGUUGAAAUGAUUUCAUGAUUUUCUUAUUUUGUUUAUUAAGAUUCAUUUUUUUGUUAAUCAGAUCAAGGUUGUUAACUUCCAUGUACUUCCCACCACUUAAAACCAUGUGAACUAGUUAGUUAAUCAUGUUUGAGUGAUUUGUUGGUUAUUUUCUUUCUGUUUCCUUCUUCUUAAAGUAGUGAACCAGGAACCAUUAUGUCUUGUUUCCUUGUUUCAUUUCCUGAUCAAAAGUUAACCCUGUGUGUCCUCCAGAGGGGUUGAGUGAUGUGUUCUUUUCAUUAUAUCAUCUAAUAACAAAUAUAAUCCAGACUAUGAUCAUAUCUACAUAAUUCCUGUUGUUUUCUUGUAAAUAUCCCAUCCCCUCUAACAUAAACUGAGUUCCUUUGCUUUA